UUCUGCGGGAACGGGGAGGUUGCAGAACGCCAUCUUUAAACCCCACAAGAGGCCAGCUACAGUUGUACACCGGGAUGAAAAACACAACAGCGGGAUAUACGUUCAAAUCGUGGAGAUGGUGUGAUUCUUUUCCGGUCAAGUAAAUAAUAAGGAACUGUCGGUGGGACUGUAAGGAGAGACGGUCACAGGACCCUGCGAGAACCCUAUGCUGUUCUUAUCAUAGACCGACAACAACAAUAGACAGACAGACAACAACAACGGAGCUUGCUAAGUCGCUCGCUAGCAUCUUGCCGAGCGCUGCGCUGUUUUCAAAUGCUAACUAAAAGCUAGCUAGCUAACGUUAGCCACUUCAUCCGAGAGUGACUUCAUCAGACAAUCUAUCCGGUUGCGCUGAAUUUUGACCGGACGCUGUUUGUACUUGGCAGUGGGUAUCCAUCUACGUCGACAAGGACAGUCCACCAUUUAUUUGCCACAUGUUUUAACCAACUUGGUACAUACAUUUGCGUUGUGGCUUUAGCUAGCUAAAAGCUAAGUCCCGACUUCUCCCCCUCCCCAGCGGCCCAGCCGGAGAUGCGUGGAAGAUGUCGGUGUCGGGGCUGAAGGCCGAACUGAAGUUUUUGGAAUCCAUUUUUGAUCCAAACCACGAACGCUUCAGGAUCAUUGACUGGAAGCCUGACGAACUGAGCUGUCAGUUUAAUGUAACUGGGGAAAAGCUGUUAAUUAUCCACUGUAAUAUAACGGAAUCGUAUCCAUCUACGCCGCCGAUAUGGUUUGUGGACUCUGAUGACCCAAGCUUGGCGCAAGUUUUGGAGAGGUUGGAAGAUGUGAGAAAAGGCAGCACCCUGCUUUUGCAGCAGUUGAAGAAACUCAUUUGUGACCUUUGUCGGCUGUACAACCUUCCCCAACAUCCAGAUGUGGAGAUGCUUGACCAGCCCCUGCCUGCAGGGCCUGUGGGACCAGACCGAAAGCAUGGGACAGAGGAGGUCACAUCUGAAGAAGAAGAGGAAGAAGAGAUGGGCGAGGACAUAGAGGAUCUGGACCACUAUGAAAUGAAAGAAGAGGAACCUGUGGAUGGGAAGAAAUCCGAGGAUGAUGGCAUCGAGAAGGAGAAUCUGGCCAUCCUGGAGAAGAUCCGAAAGAACCAGAGGCAGGACCAUUUGAACGGAGCCGUGUCUGGUUCAGUGCAAGCCUCCGACCGCCUGAUGAAGGAGCUGAGAGAGAUCUACAGGUCUCAGAGUUACAAGACUGGCAUUUAUUCAGUUGAGCUUGUUAACGACAGCCUGUAUGAAUGGCACGUCAAACUAAGGACGGUGGAUCCAGAUAGCCCCUUACACAGUGAUUUACAAGUCCUAAAGGAGAAGGAAGGAAUGGAUUACAUUUUACUAAACUUCUCAUAUAAAGAUAAUUUCCCCUUUGAUCCACCGUUUGUCCGCGUGGUUUCUCCUGUGCUUUCUGGAGGUUAUGUUCUUGGAGGAGGUGCCCUGUGCAUGGAACUCCUCACCAAACAGGGAUGGAGCAGUGCCUAUUCCAUUGAGUCUGUCAUCAUGCAGAUCAAUGCCACUUUAGUCAAAGGAAAAGCCAGAGUGCAGUUUGGAGCCAAUAAAAACCAGUAUAAUCUUGCCAGAGCACAGCAGUCCUACAAAUCCCUUGUUCAGAUCCAUGAAAAGAACGGCUGGUACACACCCCCUAAGGAGGACGGCUAGAACAGACUCCUGCCUUUCCUGCACUGGGACCACGUCUUUGAUUUACUUUUUCCUUGCGACCAAUAUAUUUUUUUUAUCCUGCAAACCAUUGUGUUCUUUACAUGAGAGUUUGAACUUCAAACCAAAUUCUUCAUUCAGUGCCCACCCAGAAACUAGUACAUAAACACACACACACACACACACACACACACACACACACACACACACACACACACACACACACACACACACACACACUUACCUGAAAUUUACAUCCAAGCUCAUCACCUACCCGCAAGGGUGUCCUCUCCUCAAUAUUUAUCUUUCUGUACAUCUGUUUGAUACAAUCUAAUUUUUCCAUUGCGACAUCAUCCCAUACUCCAGGAAACCGGUGGACUAAAUGUCACACAAACUCACCCUUUGGUUUUGGCGUUGAGCAUUCCAAGGUUACUCGCUGGCUGUGAGUUGAAAGAUGCAGCAUGGCUUCAUCCGCCAGCAGUGGCUGUCUGAUGCUCCGGUCGCCAGACUCUGCCUCUCUGGCCACAGACUGGAUCCAAGAAUGGCAUGUGACAUUUCCUGAUAUGAUGAUGCGGCGGUGGCUGGGAAAGACAUUUAAAUGCUGGUGGUGGAAGAACCACUACCUUUUCUCUCCAUGGACGGCCUCUGUAAUAUUGUGCUCAUGUAUUAUCUUUGCAAUGCCAAGAUCCCUCCUCUGGAAUAACAUGUUUCUGAGGCUAGCUUGCUUUCAAACCUCUUAUCUUUUCAAAGCUUGAAGUCCUCAGGUGGGGAGGAAGAUAUAGAGACUUCUGCAGCCUGGGUGGGAUACCCCAUAAUGAAGAACACCAACUGCUGAGCUCCAAAGUUGGGAGACCACUGUCAUCAUCACAACCAGCAACUGGACAACUCCUUGCAGGAGAGGUUUGGUGUGUCCUAGGUUGGCAACCCAAGAAAUGACCAGGCAAAGCAGGGGCGUGUUUGGAUCACACUGUAAUGUAGUUGAUUUUAACUCCACGUGUAAACAUGUAAAUUUGUAUUUCUGCAAAAGGAUUUAAUUGUUUAUAUAAUGUAACCUUGUCUGGGUCUUUGGCUGGGCAAAGACUGUAUUACUAUUUACCCUUGUCUAUUAGCAGCAAGGGGACUGCAAAUUCUCAAGACUCCUUUAGAAUAAGAAAACGUUGCUUCAUGGAUACUCUUGUAGAAGGAGACAAAAGUACACCAUGGUCUUCUGUAAGCUUAAUGACUACUGCGGUUCUGGUCUAUUUUAUUUUUUUUAUAAAUAUUGAUUUGUAGUCCUCAUGUUAUUGACAACACCGACAGUACCAUUCCCCUUAUUUGAUGGCACCUCUACAAUGGCCAAACAAUAAUAGUAGGCACGCUGUUUCUGGCAUUCCAGGGGUUUGGCUAUUCAUAUCCAAUCACUCAAACCAGAUGAACCUCAGUAAGGCAAUGCAGUGAAGACACAGUCUUGUGGAGUUCUGUUGUACUGAAGAAAGUUAGUCUUAACAGCUUAACAGUGUAGUCACCUGCUUUGUUCUUGUAGCUGAUUCACAUCCUGAGCACUUUGCCAAUCCUGCAGUCGUAACAGUCUGGGGGGAAAAAGAAAA